CAGUCACUAGUCGCACAAACCACUCACCGCCGCCGCCGGGAUCAGCUCAGUCGCAGCCGCCGCAGGAGAAGCACGUGCCCAGUCCGAGCGGCGGAAAGUUGGUGGAGCGGAAGGAUUCGGGAGUCGGAGAAAAGGGGAUUUGUUUGAGGAGAGUGAGUGCGGAGGGAGCGGGGGAGGAGGACUCACAGCGCUGAAUCCAGUGGGAAUCACUCCAGCAACAAGUGAGCGCGGGGCAGUGUGGGACCUGCAAGUUCAUCGCACCGCCCGGGACCGACUCUCUUACUCGGGGGGAUAAUGAGGAACGUGUGGCUUAUCGUUCCCUUUGCCCUGCUCGCUGCCUUGUCCGGGGAAACGUGGGCCCAAGCUGACAGAGACCUAUAUAUCGACAGCACAGAAUCAUCAGGAAACUACCCAGUUGAUGAUGAUGAUUACUCUUCUGGAUCUGGCUCUGGCAUCCCAGCACGUGGUGACGAUGAAGACGACAAUGUAGUAUUAACAACUGUCCAGACACUUAUAAGCAGUCCAUCAAGUGAAAUGCCAUAUGUUGAGACCACAACGCUGAAAACACUAACAAAGAUGGCACCUGAAACCAAGGAACCUGGUGAAGUAGAGUCAACUAACACAGUUCUUGUCUACGGAAAGAAGGAUAUCGUCCAGACUGCGACACACACAGAGAACCUGUUCCACAGAACAGAAGUACUUGCAGCUGUCAUUGCUGGGGGCGGCAUUGGCUUCCUGUUUGCCGUAUUCUUAAUCCUCCUGUUGGUUUACCGCAUGAGAAAGAAGGAUGAAGGCAGCUACGACCUUGGCGAACGCAAACCAUCCAGCGCCGUCUACCAAAAGGCACCAACUAAAGAGUUUUAUGCAUAAAACUGCGUCUUUAGUGUCUCUUUUUACGAGAUCACUGAACUUUUUCUUUUAAGUAAAGCUUUUGCAUAGAAUAAUGAAGAUUUUUUUUCAUUUAAAAACAAAAAAAAACAAAAACCUUUACGGUAACUUUAUGAUAAAAAAUCCCAUUAUAUUUAAGAAAAAAAAACAAACAAAACUUUUCAUUCAUUUAUUCCUUUAAAAAGAAAAAUAAAUGUAAAGUCAAUUCUUCACAUUUUCAUUGUUGAGUGAAUAACCGCAGCAGAGUAUUAUUUUCUAAGACCAUUGGUAUUCACCAAAAUAAAAAUAAAAAAACAUUUAAAAAAAAAAAAGUCGCCAACCUUUAUGCAUAAACACACAAACAACAAUGGAAAUGGUCGCGUCAAGCUUCGGGUCAAUGAAAGGUUGUUUAAUAUUUUUAGCAUGUCUCAGAUCAUUCAAAAUUUUAGUUUUAUUUCAUUAAUUUAUCUGUUUCCAAACAAAAUGUCUUAGGGUAAUUCAGAUAUACAGUAUAUAAGUGUAAAUGUUUUUUUUUUUCUUUCCUAUGUAAACAUUAACCUCCGAGAUUUGUAUAAAACUGUAAACGAUAUUCAUUUUA